AUGGGGAAUCUCCUCGCAGUGCAAACACAGUAUAACACAAUGGAAGAACUGAAAACAGCAACGGGUCUGUCAGAUCCUUUUGUCCUCUUUGAUAGCGAAGUCAGCGAUUUGUCAGAACGCGAAAUUGAUGCGAAGAUAAAAGGGAGGAAUCGGGUGAUGGUAGUUCUUGCCGCAGAGAACCACUUUUUCGGUCUUUACACGUCGAAACAAAUGGACGUCAAAAACAUGAAAUUCCUCUGGACACUUUCGAACGACAAAGCGUCGUUCUUCUUCCACGUUUUGCCAAACGGUAAACUUAUUUCGAAAAACAAAGACUUCGAUUUAAAUAUCAACCCCAUCCAAAAUCGCCUUUCGUUUGGCUUUGGGUCGUCGACUUUCGAGUUGAAGAUGGACGGGGAAGGCAAUAUAGGCCCCGAGAUUGGGUAUAUGUCAUCAGAGUAUCAGAUCACUAGUACCAUUGGAAGGCUCAUCUUCUUGCAGUGGAGAUGA